AUGCAACCAUUAUUCAAACAAAGGAAACCAGCCAAUCUGAUUAUCCAGUCCUCUGAGGAAGACAAAUUUGUCUAAUAAUAAGUAAACUAUUCGUCUAUUAUGCAGAUCCCAGAAUUGGACACUUUCGAAGAAUUUUGUAGCAAUAUUCCCGAUGUUGAAAAUUAAGAACUCAAUUUUACUAAAGAAUCCAAAUCCUUUAGUUCUCACAAUCUUAAUUUGUAAGAGUCCUAAGAAUUUCAAACCAAUGCAAAAUAUAGUGAUCAAAAGUAAGAAGAAAUCUAAGAGUCUCUCCCCAUACAAUAUAUUGAAUUUGUAGAGUUUCAUCCUCAGAGCAUUAAUUCUGGCCAAUCUGAAUCCAAUCUUUAGAGAAUUGAUUCUCAACAAAGUCCCAAAGAUAUCAUGUAAGAGCCCCCUGCUCCUCAAAAUAAGAACUUGACUAAAUUCAGCUUCCCCUAAAAGGGUGGUUGUUUCAGCAGUUUAAAGAAGUAACUCUGUGUCGAUUAACCUGUGAUAACUAAUCAUGGAAAUUAGAGCGCCUCCGAAGAAACUCUAGUUAAGCAACAUAAUACCCAAAAUAUCCCAAAAAGCAUAUAGGAUGAUUUGACUAAACAAAUUAAGGAAUUAACUGAUUAGAAAAAUGCAAUUGAAGCCUCUUUCUAAACUCAAAUUUUGUAACUGUAAACUCAAAAUCAAAAAUUGGAGUAGGAAUUGGCUCAAUAGAAAUAGAAGAAUUUAACUUUGGUCCAAGAAAAUAUGUUAUUGCAAUCCAAAAUUGAAAUUUUAGAAUAAAAAAAAAGCGCUGAUUUAAACAAUAUAACUGAUUUUUCUAAUGACUUGUUACCUCACAAAUUGUCCAUGAAUGAGAAAUUAGUGUAUUUGAUGCAAAAAUUGAAUAUCAAAGCCUAAGAAAAUGCAAAACUUCAAUAUGAAAUUUUGAAAUUGCAAAAUAACAUUGAAAUCUUGGAAACCUAAAAGUACUUACAAAUCAAUACAAAUUUACUAUUGGACACCCAUAAACUGCAGUCAAGUCAUUCCCCCCUGAUCUAACCCUAAUCUUAAAACAGAGGACAAUCCCUAAGUAAAGAUAGCAGAACCAGUCUCUUGAAUUCAUAAAAAUAUCCUCUCAAUCUAUCCCUCAAUUAUGUCCAAUAAGGAGAAAGAAGACAGGAUGUCUUCCUCAAUAAAAAGAAUAGAAUUAUAUCUCCUUUGGCUCAUUAUAGUUCAGUGGGGGAAUAAUAGCAACUUUAGUUAACAAAUCUUUAAAAGAAUAAAGUUUACAAGGAGGAUGUCAAUUAUAAUAAUAAGAUGCAUACAAAAAAUAGUACUUCAGUUGGGGAAUUGAUAUCGUUUAAAUAGGAUUUGACUAAUUGUUCCAAUAUGAUCAACAAAGCCUUAAGAAAGGAGUCCUAUUCGACAUAGUCUCCAGAUGCCAAAGUAACAUAGAAAUUCAAAUAAACUUUAAAUGCAAAAAUUGGGACUUAAUAAGAAAACUCAAAGUCUUAUGCUAGUCUCCUAUUUUCUCUUGGAGAGAAGCAAAAAGAUGUGAGACAGAUGUCUCCAAAGGGAGGCAAUAAGAAAUCAAAAUAGUUAUUUGGAUUUAUUAUGCAACCACAUCCAAAUUCAAGAAAACAAUCAGAAAUCUUGAAAUCAGAGGAAUCUCAUAAAAUGAGUUAAGAAUAGCUUAAGAUGUCAGAUAAAAAAAAUACAUUAUAAACUAGUAUUGACAUAUUUUAAAUAAUGAAGGAUAUGAGAAAUAAAAAAAACGGGAUCUCGACAAAAUUAAGUUAAAAGAAAGGGCAAGCUGCAACAAGUAGAUAAAUGAUCACUGAAAUCAAAAGCAGUAGAACCAAUAAACCAAGUUUUGACUGA